AUGAGAGUGCCCUUUAUCGUUUAUGCAGACUUUGAGUCCUUCAUCAAACCAAUAGAUACGUGUCAACGAAACCCAGAAAACAGCUACACAAAACAAUAUCAAAAACAUACUUCAUCAAGCUUUUGCUACUACAUCAAGAGCUAUGAUGAUAUUGUCUAUUCUCAACCACCUGUAGCCUAUACUGCUGAAACUAAGGAUGAAGAUGUAGCACAAAAAUUUGUUAACAUGUUACAAGACGUUACAAGACGUUAUUGAGGUCUAUCUAUCAGAAAUUUAGUUUCCCAAAGACAAUGAUAUUUGGAAAGAGGAUGUGAAGAUGUGAUUUGGAAAGAAGAUGCAAAGAUGGAAAGAACCAAGUGUUGGAUUUGUCAUGGAGAGUUUGACAAAGACAAUAAAGACCACUGCCAUUUCAGUGGUAAAUUCCGUGGCUCAGCACACAACAAGUGCAAUCUUCAGUUUAAGAAACCAAAAUUCAUCCCUGUAGGUUUUCACAAUCUAAGUGGGUAUGAUAGUCAUCUGUUCAACAAAACCUGGAGUGAGUGA